CUACCAGCAAGAUCAGAAACUGCAGGUGUGUGCAGGCAAGGGUUUUUAUCGCCAUAACCCUUCAAGAUGGUUGUUCUAGCAGCAUCGAUAUGCACUAAAGGCGGUAAAGCGGUGCUCUCGCGCCAAUUUCACCCAAUGACGCGCACCCAUAUCGAAUCCCUACUUGCAUCCUUCCCAAAGCUCAUCCCGACAAACUCUCAACACACUUCAGUAGAAACCGCUCAAGUCCGCUACGUCUACCAGCCCUUGGAAGACCUUUACAUCCUUCUCAUUACGAAUAAAGCUUCCAAUAUCCUUCAGGACAUCGAUACCCUACACCUCUUUGCGCGCGUCGUGUCUGAUAUGUGUCGCACUGCAGAUGAGCGUGAAAUUCAGAAACAGAGUUUUGAACUGCUUGGCGCUUUUGAUGAGAUCGUGAGCAUGGGUUACCGAGAACAGGUCAAUCUCAUGCAGGUAAGGAGCAUAUUGGAGAUGGAAAGUCACGAGGAAAAGAUACAGGAUAUCAUCGCAAGGAACAAAGAAGCAGAGGCAAAAGAAGAGCUCAAGCGCCGUGCACGCCAACUCGAGCUCCAGCGCCGGGAGCAGCAGAAGCGUGCUGCAGUAUCCGGCAGUGGGGGCAGCUCAUAUCUCGGUGGAGGCAUGUCUGGAUACUCUCCUGUUCCUCAACGCUUCGACGCUCCAGAAGUGCCGGCUGCGCGCACUGCAUCACCCGCACCUGCGUCCAGUGCGCGCACCCCUCCGUUCAAGGGCAGUGGCAUGAAACUCGGCAGCAAAAAGACUAGGCAAGCUGAGCUUCUAGAUGCUCUCGGUGGCGAGCUAGUCUCCGAGGAGCUCUCAGUACCAUCCACGCCUCCUAUCCCUGAUCCAUCCCCAGCGCCAACUAACACAAGAGGUAGCCUGCCCUCUAUCACAGCUGAAAGCGUACAUAUCGUAAUCAAGGAGAAAAUCGAUGUAUCCCUUAUGCGCGAAGGCGGUGUACAAUCAAUGGAGGUCAAGGGUGACAUGAACCUCCAAGUCUCCGAUCCCGCUUUAGCGCAUAUCAAACUCGCACUCCCGUCCCCCACCACCGACUUUGGGUCUGAUCUUCAAUUCAAGCAGCACCCGAAUGUCGCCAAGUUCGCCCCCGGCCAGAACCGCAUCGUCGCGCUCAAAGAUCCCUCUCGUGCUUUCCCCGUGGGCCAAGCCCUUGGCGUUCUCAAGUGGCGCUAUGCAGGGCGCGAUGAGUCCUUAGUACCAUUGUCCAUCAACUGCUGGCCUUCUCCCUCAAAUGACGGUACCUGUGAGGUCAACAUUGAGUAUGAGCUUGAAAACGAAAACGUCACCCUGCACGACGUCGUCAUCUCCAUUCCCCUCCCUGCCGGUUCCUACCCCAGCAUUACCACCACGCAAUGCGACUACACCAUCAAUCCCGCUACUCACUCGCUCGACUGGUCCAUCCCACUCGUUUCCACUGUAGAGCGCAGCGGCACGCUCGAGUUCACUAUCGGCGGUGACGACGCGAGCAUCUUCUUCCCCGUGCGCGUGUCAUUCGUGGGUCGGGGGAGUAUCGCUGGCAUUGGGGUGGAUGCUGUUUCGAGAGUGGAUGGUGGUGAAGACCCCGUUUUUUCUGUGGAUGCUGUCGUCACGACGGGUGAUUAUCUUGUUGUUUGAGUGUCUUGUUGCGUACUGGGAAAUGCAUGAUCAUAUAUCAUGAAUUGGCAAGACAGACUUUUACUGCAUAUGAUAUCUUACAUGAUCUAGAAGGUCAAGC